UCUAAGCAAUCUCGGCAGCCCUAAUCGUUCCACAUAUCGCACACGCUCACAUCUCCGGGUGCCACGGCUGGGUGCCUCCGUGCGUCCACCCCUGGCCGUCCAUCCGUGAAGCCGAGACGCUAUGGGCUGGCACACGCCAGUCGCCACCUGCCGCCACCAUGAAGAGGAUCUUCAGGAGGAUCAGAGACAAAAUCAAGUUCAAAGGAGACCCGCCGCCGCCGUAUCAGGAAAAUGAAUGCGGCGAUAUUAAUUUGCGGCCGCCGAUACGAGACGCGCGUGUUUUGGAUCCGUCACCACCGUACGAAGUAUUGGACCUGCUCGCGAACUGCCGAAUAGCACCAAGGUCCGAGGACAUCGGAGAUUCCGAGGUGGAGUACGCGGAGAUCGAAGAGAUGGGUCUGUUCCACUCGACGCCGCUGAGCCACCGGCACAAGUCCAAGAUCUCCCUCACGUGGGUGCUGAAGGAAAACCUGGAGAAUACCAGACCGCAGGCGAAGCCGAGCGAGAGAGUCAACAGCGAUGUGGAGAGGUACCAGCGGCACAAUCAGAAGUACUCCGAUAAGGAUCGCCAGCAGAGAAAGUGCGGCCGUAACGUGUUGAGGGAAACAAAAGAGCGUGUUGUGGGACGGAACGAGUACUAUCAUAAUUUAAAGUUUAAGAGUGCGUGUGAGCUGCAGGAGUCGGGGUCGGAGGGCGAGGAGUGGCGCCGCCGCCGCCGCCACCGCCACCGCCGCAGGAAGAAACGCCACACAGACCGCUUCGGGUACGACAUACGGGACCUCGAUAGCUUCUUGAGCGAGGCAUCAAUCGACCGUCCCGGCAACAUCCCCGUGGUCAUCGCGUACCCCACCACCCUGUACCAGCGGGGCGCGGGGCGGCACGGCGAGCUGCCCCUAGCGCUGGGCACGGUGGUGAACGCCGUGUGCAAGAACCAGCUGUGGCUGUACGCGCAGACGCCGCACGGACACGAGGGCUACGUGUUGUAUAGCGCGUGCCUGCCGCUCCCGAUACUGCCCCACAGACCACACCAACAGAAGAAGACCCCGUGUUGGGAGAGCAGCACAGACAUAUACCCGCAGCCCUGCGGCAACCUCACCGACACGGAGAAGGAGCACCUGCGCGGCAGAACCAAGUCGGAAAGCCGAUACCGCCCGAAGAAUCCCGACAAAACCCGACCCAAGUCCUGCGCCGAAGAGGACUUUGACAACCUAUAUUUAAAGACCAAAUCCGUGUGCUCGAACAUUGAUAAGCUAUACGAAGAUUGGGACCCCAAAAAGGAGUUUAAAAGUAAAUCUAGUGCACUGAAGUUAAAUGAUGUUAAAAGACAGACUUUAUUAGUAGUGAAUAGUGACUUUACCGGCAGUUCGUUGAAUAGAACUUUGUCAGUGCAAAAAGGUGAUGUUGUGGUGUUAGUGCAAGGGAGAGGGGAGACUGAUGUGGAUGCAGAGUGGUUCUAUGUGAGGAAACGAGACGGCAGUCAGGGUUUCAUUCCUGCUAUUAUUGCUGGAAAUGGUUAUAUUUAAACUAGAUAUACCUACCUUAGAUUAGUAAAAGAUAAAUGUGAGGGCUUCUGCAACCUCUUAUUUAAUUUAUUUAUAGCAUGUAAUCAAAAAUCGGAACAAUAGUAAAACAUUUGUUUAAUAUUUUAUACCCCUUAAUUAAAUUUUUGGAGUGAUUUCAAAUGUAUGUAGGUAAGUACCUACCUAGUUUUCUAUUUUCUGUUUUACACAUUAUACAAACAAAAUACGCUUUUACAAAAUGUUGUCAAUAAAACAGUAUUGUUUU